CACGGUCGAUUUCCGGUUUUGACGUCAGCCGUGUGACGUCACAGCAGCUCGAGCGCCGCGUUGCAGACAUGGAGGAGGUGAGAGUGUUUCCGCUGUCAUGCGUGGUCCAAAACUAUGCCUGGGGUAAGUUGGGGCUGGACAGUGAGGUGGCUAAGCUGGUCCUAGGUGGAGAUCCUCAAAUUGUCAUACAGGAUGACAGACCAUACGCAGAGCUUUGGAUGGGUGCCCACCCUAAGGGAGAUGCUCUUAUCAAAGACAACAGAAUAUCGCAGAGGACACUAGGGCAGUGGAUCGCUGAUUACCCUGCAUGUUUGGGGUCAAAGGUCAAAGACACAUUCCACGGACAGCUCCCCUUCCUGUUCAAAGUGCUGUCGGUCAACACUGCACUAUCCAUCCAAGCUCAUCCCAACAGAGAGCUAGCAGCUAAGCUACAUGCCCAGUUCCCUGAGCACUACCCUGACAACAACCAUAAGCCCGAGAUGGCGAUUGCACUGACUGAGUUUGAAGGCCUCUGUGGUUUUCGCCCAUUGGAGGAAAUCAUUUCCUUUCUCAAAAAUGUUCCAGAAUUCCAUGCUCUGGUAGGUAAUGAGGCAGCAGAUGAGCUGCAGUGCAGCAGGGAUAACCCUGCACGUGCCUCUCUUGCCCUGAAGAAGUGCUUCAGCAGGAUGAUGAACUGUGAGAAGAAAGUUUUUGUAGAUCAACUGAACAUGCUGGUGAAAAGAGUCUCUGAAGAAGAGGCUGCAGGCAAAGACACAUCAGCCAAUAACGGAGAGCUGCUGCUUCGGCUCCACUCCCAGUACCCGGGUGAUAUCGGCUGUUUCUCCAUCUACUUUCUGAACCAUAUCGUGCUGAAACCAAGACAAGCCAUGUUUCUGGGAGCAAAUGAACCUCAUGCCUACCUGUCUGGAGACUGCAUCGAGUGCAUGGCCUGUUCAGAUAACACAGUGCGUGCUGGACUGACCCCGAAAUACAUCGAUGUGAACACGUUGUGUGAAAUGUUGAACUACAGUCCUGCUCCAGCCAGUGCCAAAAUCUUUCCCUCAGUUCAGGACCCUUCAGACCCCUGCGUUCACCUGUACGACCCACCUGUAUCAGACUUCACCGUCAUGAGGAUACAGGUCCCUCCAUCUAUAAAGCAGUACACAAUGAGCCCGUUGGACUGUGCAUCCAUCCUGUUAGUAAUUCAGGGCGAAGGCAGCGCUCUGUCAGACAUCAUGCUGCACAGGGGUUCUGUGCUGUUCAUCUCAGCCAAUGAGAGCGUCACACUGCAGGUGACAUCAUCUUCUGGGAUGACGAUGUUUCGGGCCUGCUGUCUUCUCUAGGCACAAAUGUGAUCCUGAGCAAACAGGAUGUGUUUGUUCUCACUGAUAAGUUCAGUAUGUAGUUUUAAACUUUUACUUUUGUUGUAAUGUUCCUUAUUCAGCAGCAACUCCAAAGGGAAAAGAACCACUGAGGAUAUAACACACACUUCAGCAAUAUACCAACUGAUAGGAAUCAGUCUAGUGAGAGCUCUCUCUCACACACACACACACACAUACAUACACAUACACAUACAUAUAUAUAUAUGUAUGUAUGUACAUAUAUACAUACAUAUACAUAUAUAUAUAUAUAUAUAUAUAUAUAUAUAUAUAUAUAUAUAUAUAUGUAUGUAUGUACAUAUAUACAUACAUAUACAUACACACACAGGAGGUGUCCUUUGCUUGUGGUCCCUUCCUUUAAACCAUAUAGUGUCUGAAUUGAGGUAUUUAUAUUUUAAUAACAGGAUGACAUGAAAUGAUAAAGUGCCAGUUUCUCAUUACGAACAUAUUAAGGACAUAUUUAAAGGCAGAGCAUGACAAAUCAAGAUUGCUUUUGUGUGUGCCUGAAGAAAGGUUAGUUAAACAAACGUCUAUUAUGACUUUCUUUCUCCUCCUUAUUAAUUAGUAAGCAUGCGCUUUAAAAAAAAAAAAAAAAAAAAGGCAGCCCACUCACACGGCCGACGUCACAUCGUGCACUACAAUUAGAUUCAUCAUUUGAAUGCGCAGAUGCAUGUUUUAUGUUUAAUAACUAGCUGACUUUAAAAUUAACAUUCAGACUGAUCAUCAUUACAGCUUGCAUUAAGGUUAUGCUUAAUGCAAGGGAAAGAAAUUCUUCACUGGGAAAUGUUUUAAUCUACAAAACAAAGAAGCACAUGCACAGUCUGCAAUCUUGUCACUCUCACUAAGUGAAACACAAUUCAGGGAAUUUUUAAUUAUAAAAAUAACUACUGAAAAAUUUAGACACAAAAAGCUAAAUUUUUCAAAAAAGCUAAACUGCUUUUACACUCUUUUAUGAAUCUGCUGAUAUAGUAGGUUUACUCUUUCUAACAGGCUGCUUUGACAGAUAUACUGUAUACUGUGAAAGACGAAAGCAGUGAUCAAGUUGCUGAUAAAGUGUUUUUACAUGAUUCGUGUUUGUAUGACUGCGAAAGCUGUUACUGGUACAAUCCGUCCUCUCUACAAGUCCCUCUGCAAGUCUUUGUGCUUUCCCUUUGGGAUUUUUGGGAAUCUUUGGGAUUAAUUGGGAUUAAUCUUAAUAUUUGUUUACUGUAAACUCUGUGCACUUUUACGUGAGUUCGCCCAAGCAGGUUGUGUCCAAGAUCCUCAGUCUGCGCCUCAAUCCGAUUUCAGUGUUUUCUACCUCCAGUGAAGGUUUGAAAUAAAGGCAUGGAUUAGCAUUUUUUUAAUCUACUGUGGCAUGAGGCUGCCGAAACGCUACGUAAACCCUAAUAAACUACAAUUCUGUAUGAA